AUGCCCGAUGCUUUGGAAGAGAUUCUCGGCAUCAGCCGGAGGAAGUUGGUGGAGAAGAAAGGCAACACGCCGUAUGCUCUGGAGUUCCCCUUUGAGGCCCCGCCCAUCUGGCAGCAACAGCACGAUAUCAUUACCGAGACACCUCUCACAUCUCCCCGUGCCAAGCUGCUUACGUCCCUGGAGUUUGCUUCAAUCAAACUCAAAAUCAGCAUGGCAGAACUCGAGGAAACGGUCUGUGCACAGGAGACCAUGGAGCGAGAUAGAUCCUAUAUCUUCAAGGAUACGUUCCAUAUCGGUGACCUCGAACCCGGGGUACAAGAUCGAUACAAAGAGUCGAUGAAGCUCAUAACUGGUCUGCAGAAAUACCCAUCACCUCAUCCUCGUCGCCAUGAAGAAUUGACAUGGCUCUGCAUGGAGAUCCUCAACUGGCUCAAUUUGAAGAUCUACUACGAUGUCUACGUACGAGAUCCCGCCAGUCCUUGGCCUCACCGCUACAUUCUACAGGACAUCGUACAGGCAUUUAUGACCAUGCGCUUGUUUUUCCCAAACGUAGAGGUAACGUCCAUUGUACAAGAACACCUUGGAUCCAGGGAGGGACAGGCUUUCAGGAACAGCAAGAUCCUCGAUCCGGAAGCUCGUCGUCAAGUGAGACCAGACGCGCGUACAAGAACCAGUUGUGCUUAUCGGCCAAGGAAGUUCUGGGAUGGGUGGGAAAAUAAAGUCUAUACAGGAGAUGACCUGUACAUUGACAAAUUCCCAUAUGAGUGGAACAUGGCCAUCCGGCCCAUCAUCGCAAAGCGUAAGUUUUCCACCUUGUUUCUUGAGCCCGGCCUGCGGCCGUCUUGCUCACAUGGCUCAAUGAACAGUUUACCGAGCCGGCAUGAUUGGACCCGCGUGCGUCGAGUCUCGCCAAGAUGUGGUCCCGGAUUCGCGACAGCAAACACGGAGCAGCACCGGCCAGACAAGCUCGAUCUCUUCAUCACGUACAGCAACACGGACGAGUUUGUCUAA